AUGAACGAAAUCACAAUCCCAUGCUCCAAUUGUAAGCAACCAAUAGCAGAAUCUAAACAUAUGCUCCAUGAAACAUAUUGUUUGCGUAAUAAUAUUAAGUGUCUAAAAUGUGGUUAAUUUUAUGAUAAAAAUGAUCCAGAGAGUCAUGAGGAGGAAUACCACAAAAAAGAAAAAUGCUAAUAUUGUUCUCUAGAAUUUGAAGGUCACUUUCAAUAUUAUAUCAUUAGAUUUGAAAAAGCAUAAAUGCUUGAAGAAACCAAAGUAAUGCUUACAUUGCGAUCUCUAUUUUCAAACUGAUUAAUUAUAUUAGCAUGAGAAUCAAUGUGGUAGUAGAACACAAAAAUGUGAUAUUUGCAAUAAUUAUGUAAUGAUACGAGAGUACGAAAGUCAUGUGAUGACUUGCAAACCAAAACCAAAAGUUGAACCUCCUUAAGUGUAAAAUAAGCCCAGUACUUAGGAAAUUUUCGAUAAACCCAAUUAUAAUAAGCAAUAAAUAGAUGACAGAUUUGAUCAACAAAGGUAUAAUAGCAAAAACCAGACAUCAUAAUAAGAUGCGUAAAGCCAAGCAUUUAAAAAAUAAUAACUUCAACAACAAUAAUAGCAAUAACAAUAAUAAUAACAAUAACAAAAUAAGCCUAUUGGAUCUGGGUUUAAAUAUGCGUAAGCAGCUGGAGAAACAAAAAAUUAGUAUCAAAUUAAGGAUGAGGAUAAAAAUAGAUAAAAGGAUAAUAAUAUAAGACCCCCAUCAUCUAAUACUUAAACAGGUUCUAGGACUUAAAAGCAGCCCACAACCCAAGCCACUUAGCCAAAAUAAUAGCCUGGUUCUUUAAUUAAUUAAAGAUAAUAAAAUUCAACUCAAAAAGAAGAUAAGACUCAAUUUGAUAAUCAAUACGAAAAGCAACAAUAUAUAAAUAAGCAAUCUUAACAAGUUUAACCUCAAACUUAAUAAUAACAAAAGUAAACAGUUCAAGCCUAGAAAAGUUUAGAAAGCUAUAAAUAUACUUAGAAUAAUAAACCAUAAACUUAAAUUUCAAACAAUAAGCCUGAUUUGAGGAGACCUGAUACAGCUAUAGCAAGAGAGAUUUAAAAGUAAAUUGAAGUUGAAGAACAGUUUGGAAUUAGUUCAGAGGAAUAUCUACAAUAGUAAAUGUUAAAUGAUAUCAAACAAAAAGACAAGUAAGAAAGGGCUCCACCAAUCAAAAAGGCACCACCUCCUCCUCCUCAACCUGUGGUACCGGAAAGGCUUCCUUAGUAUUUUGAUAAUUAGGAAUUUGAUUUUGGGGAUGUUUCGGAGGAUGAAAAACUAAUUCAAUAACAAAUAAUGGAAAGUCUUAAAUUUAAUUAGAAGAAAAGUUGA